GUGCAUUUCUCAUCCCGUAUUUUAUUUUCCUGUUUGGGGGCGGCCUGCCUGUGUUUUUCCUGGAGGUAAUCAUAGGCCAGUACACCUCUGAAGGGGGCAUCACCUGCUGGGAAAAGAUCUGCCCCUUGUUCUCCGGCAUCGGCUAUGCCUCCAUCGUGAUCGUGUCCCUCCUGAAUAUAUACUACAUUGUCAUCCUGGCCUGGGCCACAUACUACCUGUUCCAGUCCUUCCAGUCGGAGCUGCCCUGGGCGCACUGCAACCACAGCUGGAACACGCCCCAGUGCAUGGAGGACACUUUGCGCAAGAACAAGAGCCUGUGGGACAGCCUCAACACCAGCAACUUCACCUCCCCUGUCACCGAGUUCUGGGAGGGCUGUCCUCUGCUCCGCUCCCUGCUCUCGGAGGUUGUCUACUUCACGGCCACUUUCCCGUUCGCCAUGCUCCUGGUGCUGCUCAUCCGGGGACUGAUGCUGCCCGGCGCAGGCGCAGGCAUCAAGUUCUACCUGUACCCUGACAUCAGCCGCCUUGAGGACCCACAGGUAUGGAUCGAUGCUGGGACCCAAAUAUUCUUCUCCUAUGCCAUCUGCUUGGGGGCCAUGACCUCGCUGGGGAGCUACAACAAGUACAAGUACAACUCGUACAGGGACUGUAUGCUGCUGGGAUGCCUCAACAGUGGUACCAGUUUUGUGUCUGGCUUCGCAAUUUUUUCCGUCCUGGGCUUCAUGGCACAAGAGCAAGGGGUGGACAUUGCUGAUGUGGCUGAGUCAGGUAUGGUGGUAUUGGUGGCAGUGGUGGUGGGCACUGCCACCUAGUGUGUAAGCCGAGUACUGCAGGCAUGAAGCCAGACCCCA